AUGGCGAGUGCCGAGUGCGGCUGCCGGGCGGGCGUCACGUUCCAGGCCUGUUUCAAGAUGGAGUCGCUUGAGCAGCUGAAGACUACUGUGAACCUCGAGUACCGCCUGGAGGCAGAGACCUUCCAGCCGGACCGGCGCUUCUCCAGAGUUCGCUUCCUGGAAGGUCUGCCCGAGCGGCGCCACGUGGUCGAGAGGACGCUGCCGCUGAGCGCCGAUAACACCCGCGAGUACUUCUGUCAGGAGGAGACUAUGUUCAUCAAGGUGCGGAACUCUCGGCCCGGGGAUGCGUACGAGGACGGCUCCGAGUACGAGUCAGAGUACGACGGCUCCACCUACCAGGGCGCCACCGGCGGCCGCGCGCGCCGCCCUGGCGGCCGCCGGCGCGGCUACUACCGCCGCCGCCGGCCGAUUGGCGGCGCCACCGGCGGCAACCAGUCGUACACGUACCGUCGCCAGUACGAGUCGCGCCGGCCGCUGCCCGCUGACGGACUGGGGCCCGUCGACCUGGCCACGCGCCGGGAUGAGCUCAGCUCGCGCCGCGUCCAGGGAGGCGUCGAGAGGGUGGAGGACCUGGGUGAUGGCACGCGGCGCACCUACCAGGCUCACCGCGACCUGGACGGCGGCGACGGCUUCGAGCGCGAGCUGACUACCGAGGAGGACCGGCGCACGCGGCGCGAUGUCGGCGUCAGGAGGCGCCGCGAGCGGGAGAUGGUGGUGAUGCCAGAGGCGGUGACGUCGCCGUCCGGAGAGGUGCAGCAGGUGGUGUUCUUUGACUGCGCGCGCAACACAGCCAAGUGUGUUCAGUUCCGGUGCCGCAUCAACAGCCUGAAGCCGAACCAGUACGCGCUGGUGCACAUCCAGGGCCGCAUCUGGAACCAUACUCUGGUGGAGGACUAUGACCGCGUCUCCUACGUGUCUAUCAAGUCGCGCGCCACGCUGCAGAUGGACCCCACCCUGGAGCAGCUGCAGGAUGUAUCCGAUGAUGUCUCAAUGGCGGAGACGAUAGCGUACCCGGCGGUGCCGGCCAAGGCCGAGGACGGCGGCGUACCCAUCUGGGUGAUCGUCGUCUCCGUGCUGGCCGGCCUCCUGCUGCUGGCAAUCAUCUGCCUCAUCCUGUGGAAGCUGGGCUUCUUCAAACGCCGGCGGCCAGACCCGACGCUGAAGUCCAACAUCAGCCGCUAGACGUUAGCAACUGUUGGCGAGCGACAUCUAUUCGAGCGCAGGUGCUGCCAUCUACAGUGAGCCGUCCAAAGCGCCGCGGUGACAGGCCGGGCAGCGGCCGCCGUGUGCUGGUGCUCGAAGCCAGUUGUGCCAUCGGCAGUAUGUGCCAAAUAUGUGUCUGUGAAGGCACGUGCGAGCUUGCAGGACGGAAGGGACGCUGCACAGUGGCGAGGCGUGAGACGGGUCUGCAGACGCGUGCCUUGUGCGGACUGGUGGGCAGGGCCUGGACCGGUGCUGACCCGGUCAGAGGAACGCUGCGGACGCCGCUAACUGGUGACUGAGUCGCCCGCCGUCCUCUGGGGGCCGCCAGUGAGGGCGGACACAACUGCCACUGCCCACUCCGCCCCUCAGUCGCGCAGGUUUGAGUGUGCUUAAACCAUCGCUUAGUGUUGUAUGAUUAGCAUUAUGCAGUCUAGUUAGUAUGUUUUGGCAGCUAGAUGACUCUCGUAAAACCUUUUAUACAUUACACCGUCAUCUGUCAUUUUCAUCCUCCCCUGUUCACAUUGCAUGCGCGUGCUCCUCUGAUUCGGUCGCCGUUCCCUGUGACGAGUCGUCGUUCCAGUAACUCCACCGGCGCUCACCCCCUAACAACUCUGCCGCGUGGGUUAUCUCGGUGGCCGAACGGUAAAGGGCGAACUACCAGCAAUCCAUGCAUAUCGGUCCUCAGUGGUCAAUGCAGUGCCCUAUCCCGUGAGCCUCAUCCAGACCUCUGGUUACCUCCCGAUUGGUUCAGGAAAUCCAGGACUCCCGUUGAGACUCUAGGAUGUCCAGCUGAGCUUUGGCCUCUGGUUAUGCUUAAAUGACAGAUUGAGUUCUGACCAUUCAUCGGGCGGCAUCGCAUCCCGAGGUUGAGCUAACCCUCUACUUCUAUCCCCUUCAGAUGCCCAGUCAUGUUCCUUGCUCCCCAGCGUGGGGAGAAGCCGGGCGGCCCCACAGGUCGCUAGUUGCAUGGUCGCCCGACAGAUGGCAGUGAGGCGCUGUUGUGCGACUGACGCGUUGUAAUACUGUGAUAUUAACCUGGGGCAGUCGGGUGGGAGCGGGCGUGACGCUACUCCGGCGGCCAGCGGCCUGUUUGUAUGUGUGUAUGUGCCGCAGUGUUUGUGUGGAGAAAAUGAUCGAACUCCCAUUCUGACUGAGAAAUGGUAGACCCGUGUGCUUUUGAGCCGUAUGCCUUGGUGACUGACAUUGAUAAAUUUUGACAGCAUUGAUCGAUCACCAUAGCAAUGAGCAUGUCCGAUUAUGCUUGUGGAUUUGGGAAUAACAUGAGACCAUCGCUCUGCUUUUAGGUGUUCCCGUCCCAGGUAACUUGAAGCACAAAAUUUCGACAAUAAUUGCUGAAUAUUUCUCGGGGAAUUUUUCAUUUUUAUGUCAUGACUUCUUGUAUUCAUUUUUCGAACUCAAGUUCCUUGGAGGCCUUUAGAAUCUCGGCUAAGUAUUAUUACUUGUAAGUUCACAUUCAUCAUUUUAUAUUUCAUUAUCAUUUAGUGUUUUAUAUUUGAUCACAGCUUCUAUUUAUCUGAAGCCGGCUCUCCUAACUAGCAGAGCGGAUGCCCAUGCUAUCACCCUUCCACUUUAUGUGGAAUCAAGCUGCGUUGUCGCGCACCUUAUCAACGGGCGCGUUUCGGAUUUGGCUAGCUGAUUGACGCGUUUCGUAAUUGACGACCUGUCUACUGUGUUGGUGUGCCAGUCAUGUGUGCUCGCGAGGACUGGCAGCGACCGACUGGUCACUUCGUGUCGCUGUCUUGAGGCCGUUGUGUGGUGUCGUAUAAAAUGUGCGAUCGAUAGAGUGCCGAGAACUAAUCCGAAAUGCCCAAUAAAAUCAUAACAAGGUG